AUGUGGAAGAUUGGCAUCGAAAUUCCUGCAAACCUGACUGAGCCGAGUUAUGUCAGUGAUUCUUGUGAGGAAGAAUUUCCGGACCAGAAGAUCUACAGGAAGCACCUGACUGCAUGUAUCUGCAAGGAUAAGCCCUGUGUCAAGUUCUGCUGCCCCCGAAAAAAUACGUUGCCGUAUGGCCAAUGCGAUGACGACUUCAAGAAGAAGAUUGCUUGGAAUGACCACUAUUUGGAUAUGGUGUCCAGCAGUGGGAACACGUACAGGCUUAAAGACAUUAACAUAAUAUGGGAAGCCUGGACCGAGGACCACUAUACCGGCCUUCUGAGCCAAGAUGAGUACUACAUGUCAGAGGACGGUAGCCUUUUCAACGUUCCCAUUACCACGAUACUGACUAGAGAUAAUUACUGCAUUUAUCCCCAAUUUAAUUCGGACUUUCCCAACGGAUUGUGGUUUUCCCAACCGCAUUGCAUCAUGGUGAUAUCGGUACUUGGAUUCAUCCUAACGAUGGCCGUUUAUCUUUACGUUGCGAAGCUCAGGAAUCUGUUUGGAAAGUGCCUGAUUAGCUGGUUGCUCUGCAUAUCCAUCAAAUUUCUUAUUGAAAUACUAAACACCCUUCUCUCCGUCAACUACAUUUGCGUUCUAACAGGCUACUGUUAUUACUUCUUCACGAUGUCGUCCUAUCUCUGGUUUUCUGUAAUGAGCUACCACCUUUGGAGGCGCUUCACUUCGCUCGAUGCGAGUGAGUCAUUGAGUCUCUUCCUGAAAUACAGCUCCUUUGUGUGGGGAACCACUGCCGUUCCGACGGGAGUCAUAUUCCUGAUGAAUCUGCUUUGGGGGGAGGAUCUCAGGAAGUGGCACUGGAUGCCUCUAGUGGGCGUGGCAGAGUGUGUCGUCCACGUGUAUGCACCCUACAAGUGGAUUUACUACGAUGGACCGUCGCUGAUCCUGAACGUCUUCAACUUGAUCAUGUUUAUCCUGACGGCCGUUCACGUUCGGAAUUUGAAGAGCAACCUGAGGAAGUUGAACCGAGGAGAGGCGACGCCAACCUGCUUCGAUUUGAACAUAAAGACGGUUUCAGUUGGGCGGAUUUCUGCCCUCAUGGGCACAAACUGGUUCUUAAGCCAAUUCUCAGUUAUUUUUAAUGAAUUUCAGUGGCUUAAAAAUACCAUAAUUAUUGAAUUAUUCGGCUUCUUUAAUGCCUCCUUUGGAAUAAUGAUAUUUAUGCUGCUAAUCCUAAGGCCCAGCACUUUGUCACUAAUCAAAGAAAGAAUUCGUGGAAGGCAGUGA